GUAUACUACUAGUAUUUAUUAUAAUAUUUAUUUACUUUCUAUAUAAAUAUCUCUUGAAAUUCUAAAAAGAAAAACCUAAUUUCUCUCUUCUUCUUCUUGACGUAAAUUGUUUUUUUUUGUUUUGUUUCUGCUUUAGUCUGGACUGGGGACGGCCGGGAAGUUGACGGCUUUGAAUUUCCGGCAAUUAGAACAUAAGUCUUUUCCGGCCAUCUGAGGAGGAGAAAUCUGUUGUUCUGUUUAGGCGAACUCUGACGAGAAUGUUGGAAACUUGAGUGAUAGAGGAACUUGAGAGAGUUUAGACAUAAUAGCUGCUUCAGGUUCUCUCUUUCUCUCUCUAGUGGCUUGCUGAGUUGAUUUGACAGUAAAAAAGAGGAAAACAAGUUUGAAAUGGAAACAAGCGACAGAAUUAGCUCUGGUGUGACUGUUAUAGGAGCAGAAGCUCCAUCGGCGUAUCACAUGGCCCCGAGACCAUCAGAGAGCCCUAACCAGUUUGUGGCCAUGGACGCACCAGUGGCUACUGCUGGGGAAGCCUCGGGGAAGAAGAAGAGGGGCAGACCUCGUAAAUAUGAAGCUAAUGGUACUCCUCUGCCGAUGCAAAUUUCUUCAUCAGCUCCUCUUGUGAAGAAACGAGGAAGAGGGAAGCCUAAUGGUUUCGAUAUGAAGAUGCCUCAGAGGAUGGGAGGAUUCCAUACUUCUGGUGAAAUGUUUGGGGUUGCGGGUGGUGUUGGAUCAAAUUUCACGCCACACAUAAUCACAGUGAACACUGGUGAGGAUAUUACAAUGAGAGUGAUAUCGUUUUCACAACAAGGACCGCGAGCUGUUUGUAUUCUAUCAGCGAAUGGAGUGAUAUCUAACGUCACCCUUCGCCAGCCUGAUUCCUGCGGUGGUACUCUCACCUACGAGGGUCUGUUUGAGAUUCUGUCGCUAUCUGGUUCGUUCAUGGAAACAGAGAAUCAAGGUUCAAGAGGUCGGUCUGGUGGCAUGAGCAUCUCUCUGGCUGGUCCUGAUGGUCGCGUUGUCGGUGGCGGCGUGGCAGGCCUGCUCAUUGCUGCCACUCCCAUUCAGGUUGUUGUUGGCAGUUUUGUAACGAGUGAUCAACAAGAACAUCAGAAACCAAGGAAGCAAAAGCUCGAAUAUUCUUCUGCAACGGUCAUGUCACUGCCUCCUCCCCCUCCUCCUCCUCCUCCUCCGGCUUCUGUUUUCCCAGAGAGAGAGCAGCCGCCAUCUGCAUUCGACAUUUCCAGCUGGAACAACGGACAGGACAACCCGAGACACUCGGCCACUGACAUCAACAUAUCUUUACCGGCCGACUGAAGUGAUAUAGGAUCGAAGAUUAGGUUUCGGACUAACUCGCUGCUCUGUGUACAAUCGUUAGGAGGAUUGUUGAAGCUGAAUGUUACUACUACUGUGCGCUUUUCUUGUACGCCAAGUUAUCUGUCUUUUACAACUUACCUGAGCUUCUUCUACUUGUAACUCUCCUUGUCCGUCUUGCUUGUUCCCUUAGUACUAGUACCGCCAGUUUCCAUUUUAGUUUUACUCAUUUUUCAUUGCGGAUUAUUCUGUGUCUGCCCCUUUUACAUUGUUUUCAUAUGACAUAUUUACAGGUUAUGAAAUUGUGUGGUUCCACAAUCAUAAUUUAUGUAUUAUAGCGACUUUUAUGAUCCUUAAUGGAACAAAUAAUUAUCAAGCUUACAA